GCUUUGUACCUUUGGUCCCUCCAACUUCAGUUAAUUAACUUCCCUAAAGCUUCAAAGAGAAACCCAUUCGCUCUCUCUCGCUCUCAAAACACCAAACAUCCCAUUCACUUCCAAAACCCAAAACUCAAAGCAUUUCAUAAUAAUAAUCAUCACUUGUUUUGUUAUCAAAACUCACACAAAAAAUGCCACCAAAUCCUCCAAACUCAUCUUUCCUUCACAGACCAAACCACCACCACCACCCUCCCAUCACAACCCCCACCGUUCCCGACGUAGUCGCCCGCUAUCACACCCACGCCGUCGCCGCCAACCAGUGCUGCUCCGCCGUUGUUCAGGAAAUCGCCGCCCCCGUCUCCACCGUCUGGUCCGUUGUCCGCCGCUUCGACAACCCCCAAGCCUACAAACACUUCGUCAAGAGCUGCCACGUCAUCCUCGGCGACGGCGACGUCGGCACCCUCCGCGAAGUCCACGUCAUCUCCGGCCUUCCCGCUGCCGUCAGCACCGAACGCCUCGACGUUCUCGACGACGAGCGCCACGUCAUCAGCUUCAGCAUGGUCGGCGGUGACCACCGCCUCUCCAACUACCGCUCCGUCACCACCCUCCACCCUCGCUCCCUCACCGAUUCCGACGGCAACCACCGCUCCGCCACCGUCGUCGUCGAGUCCUACGUCGUCGACGUUCCCCCCGGUAACACUACCGACGACACUCGCGUCUUCGUCGACACCAUCCUUCGCUGUAACCUUCAAUCACUCGCCAAAUUCGCCGAGAACUUGGCCAGAACGAAACCGCAUCAACGAUAACUUCAAACUGUUCGUUUUUUUUUUUAAUGUAAUAUUAAUGCUAUAUAUACUUUUUGUUAUCAUUAUUAUUACUAUUAUCACUAGUGUGUGAGCUUGUUGGCUGAAGAGAAAGAGAAAAAAAAAGAGGAGAUUUUUCUUUCUUGGCGCAGUUAUGUGAUCAACAUCAUUUUAUUGUUUCUCUUUGUUAAGAAAGUGAACAUGAAACAAGGAUUCCUGUAA